GGGCGAUUCUCCUGAAGUUGAUAAUUUUAAAAGCGAUGUCGUUUUUCUUAGUCGACAAUACAUUACAAAAAAAACAAAUUGAAAUCGCAUAGACAAAGACAAAGACGAGACACGAAAUUGUUACCUAACGGGUCUUCUUCGUUUUGUACUCUCUCUCUCCCACAAAGAUUUUCAGAACUCAUUCACUCACUCAGAGUGUGCCCUAGGAAGAAGAUUCAUCUGAAGCAGGGAUGAUGAUGAUGAGACGGAGUCGUAUUUCUACUUUCAGAUUGGUUCGUCCCCGUUCGCCUGAGACAGGCACUCUGAGAAAUGCUUUCGUCCAAAUCCCAUACGAGUUCUUCUGCGAGCGAGGCUUUUCUGGUGGUGUCAAGAGCAGCGAUAGAAAGAUCUCUUCUUACAAAGAGAGAUUGAGAAGUGGGAUUGUCGGUAUCAAGAAAGAUGAUGCUGUUGCUCUCUUCCAGUCCAUGAUUCGGUCUCGUCCUCUCCCUACGGUCAUAGAUUUCAGUAGAUUGCUUAGUGGUAUUGCUAAAACAAAACAGUAUAAUCUCGUUUUAGCUCUCUGCAAGCAGAUGGAAUCUAGUGGGGUUGCACAUAACAUCUACACCCUGAGUAUUGUGAUCAAUUGCUUCUGUCGUCUCCAAAAACUCGGUUUUGCUUUUUCUGUUAUGGGAAAGAUGUUGAAACUUGGGUAUGAGCCCGACACAAUCACAUUCUCUACUUUGAUUAACGGUUUAUGUCUCCAAGGUCGAGUUUCCCAAGCUGUGGAGUUAGUUGAUCGUAUGGUUGAAAUGAAGGUUGUUCCAAAUCUCAUCAUACUUAACACUCUUGUCAAUGGCCUUUCUCUCCAAGGUGGACUGUCUGAAGCAAUGGCUUUGAUAGAUCGUAUGAUGGCUAAUGGAUGUCAUCCCGAUCAGUUUACCUAUGGUCCGGUCAUGAACAGAAUGUGUAAGUCUGGAAACACUGCCUUGGCUUUGGAUCUGCAUAGAAAGGUCAAGCCUCACGUAGUCACAUACAACAUCAUCAUCGAUAGUCUUUGCAAAGAUGGGAGUCUCGAAGAUGCACUCAGCCUUUUCAAUGAUAUGGAAACUAAAGGAUUCAAAGCAGAUGUAUUUACCUACACCUCUCUCAUUGGAGGCUUGUGUAACGCUGGAAGAUGGGAUGAUGGUGCACAGUUGCUAAGAGAUAUGAUUAAAAGGGAAAUCACCCCUAACGUUGUCACUUUCAAUGCGUUGAUUGAUUGUUUUGUGAAAGAGGGAAAGCUUAACGAGGCUAAGGAAUUGUACAAUGAGAUGAUCACAAGAGGCAUUGAUCCUGAUAUCUUUACAUAUACUUCUUUGAUAUAUGGGCUGUGCAAUGAAAAGCGCUUAGAUGAAGCCAACCAGAUGCUGGAUCUUAUGGUUAGCAAGGGAUGCGAUCCUGACAUCGUAACGUUUACUACCCUUAUAAAUGGAUACUGUAAGGCUAAACGUGUUGAUGAUGGUAUGAGACUUUUCCGCAAAAUGUCUCGAAGAGGAGUGGUUGCUGAUACAGUCACUUAUAGCACUCUCAUCCAAGGCUUUUGUCAAUCUGGACAACUUGAUGUUGCCAAGGAACUUUUCCAGGAGAUGGUUUCUGAAGGUGUUCAUCCAAAUAUCAUGACUUACGGUAUUUUGCUGGAUGGGUUGUGUGACAAUGGAGAACUAGAAGAGGCAUUGGGAAUACUUGAUAAAAUGCACAAUUGUAAGACCGAACUUGAUAUUGGUAUAUAUACCAUCAUCAUUCACGGGAUGUGCAAUGCUAGUAAGGUCGACGAUGCUUGGGAUUUAUUCUGCAGCCUACCUUCGAAAGGAGUGAAGCCUGACGUCAAAACAUAUACUAUUAUGAUUGGAGGAUUAUGUAAGAAAGGAUCGCUGUCUGAAGCGGGUCUAUUGUUUAGGAUGAUGGAAGAAGAUGGGAUUGCGCCAGAUAGUGGUACGUACAACACUCUUAUCAGGGCACAUCUCCGAGAUGGAGACUUAGCGACAUCAGCUAAACUUAUAGAAGAAAUGAAGAGUUGUGGGUUCUCAGCAGAUGCUUCCACGAUAAAGAUUGUUCUGGAUAUGUUAUCGGAUGGUAGAAUGAAGAAAAGCUUUCUGGAUAUGCUUUCUUAGAAUGUUUGGACCUUAGUUUGCAAGAGACAAAGUUCUGGUUAGUGUGUUUUAUUAGUUGAAAGUUGAAACUAAAUUUGUUUGUGUACAUCUAAACAGAGCUUGAUCAUGCUUUCAGUCUUGUCCUCUUUUUUUUUUGUCGAUUCAAAUGUUUCGCUUCUGAUUCAGGCUGAUGUUUUCAGUU